GCAUUUGUUUGAUUUUCUGUGUGUGUAUGUAUGUGCAUUUGACAACAUGUGCAUUAAUGUAUGAUUGGAAACCCAUAGUGUACGUUCAUCACCAUGAGAAUAAACAACAACAAUAAUAAACCACUCCAGCUCCUCUCCACCAGGGACCCAUGCAGCGCCUUCAACCAAGACCCCCAAAACUGUAUAACCUGCAUGAGAUGCUAUUGUGGCGGUAGCCUUCAUGUUUCGACACAGAAGGACACAUAAAAUACUGUCAAUUACAAAUCCUUUCUUCCCCACUUCAUGUGGUUCUUUCUAUAAAAGCUGGACUAUAUACCUGAGGAAUGAAGAGUAUAUUACAGCAAAUUGAAGUGGGAACGGGGGCAGCAGGAGAAAGUCUACUACUGCAUCUGUGUGCACAGCAGUGCAAUCCUACACGUCUUUACUGAAAACAUAACUGCUGGAAGCCAUGCUGGCACUAGGGCAGACAGAAAUAUAGUUUUCAAAAAGUGAAGCAAAGGUAGCGAAGAGAAAGAAUGGAGGAUGUAGAGAGGAAUCGGGAGACAUGGAGGAUGUGAAAUAUAAGGUUCAGCUUUCAACAAUGGGCUGAAAUAAUUAGCAAAUUAGCUAAAUAUACCACUGGCCUUUUCUCUCCAUCCAGAUUUAGCCUACUCUAUAUGAGGGUUCCCUUUCAACUCAAGAUAUCACAUAUUCAGUUUUAGAAGUACUAAUGCUAUUGGUGUGCCACUUAUUUUCUGUCGUUUUAUUUUGCUUUAAGACUCUUGGAAUAGUAUGGUGAACUGUAAAAAAGCGCAAAAAUAGUGAGCCUACUGGGCAGUAUAGAAUGAACAUUCUAAACUCUUUGUUGCUGCCACAGAUUUAAAAGAACACAUUGAUCGCCGUGACAACAUAUGGAAUGUUUAUUUGCAUUCUGAAAUGAAGUAGAAUCUUCAGUUAAUUCCAAAAACCUGCUCAGUCUUAUUUGAGAUUUCAAAGAGGACAGUUAUACAACAUGAAGUGGUGGUUUUUCUGUGUUUUUUUCAGCUGCUGCCUACCGGUGCCCAACGAGGAGUACGAGGGCAAGACGGUGAGGUCAGAAGUUGAGGCGGAGAGCAAGACAAAGAAGCAGAGGAAUGAGAGAAUGAAUCAAAGCAAGAAAAAGCAGAGGAAGGAGGCUAAGCGCCUGAAGAAGGAGAUGGCCGACCGGAAAAGGACGGAGGAAAAAGGGUUAAAGAACCUUAAGAUGGCUGUCCCUGAAGUGCAGAGAGUGGAGAUGGCUAUCCACCCUGUUGAUGUGGCCUUGAAGGUGGAGAUGGCUAAUGCUAGUGCGGAUCCUAGUCCUGCAGUUGCAGUGGUGUCUGCAGUGAUGACUCACGCUAGCACAGAUACCAGUCCAGCAAUUGUGUUGGACUGUGUUGAUAUAGCCAAUGCUAGCGCAGAAGCUCCCCUCACGGCAAGGCCAGUUUCUUGUCCGAGACUGGACUGGCACAAGACCCUGCAGCCUGGGAGAUAUGAUCUAACCCCAGAGGAGAGAGACCAGCUGGAGGAGGAGAGGAGGAGGAGGUUGCUGGGUUGGUUUACUCGAAGGGAGGCAGCGAAAGAGCAGGCAAAUGCUAGCAGGGAUGCUAGUCCAGAAGUUGUGUUGGAUUCUGUAGAGAUGGGCAAUGCUAGCACAGAGGCUCUGGAUAUAGAGGCUCCCCUCACAGCAAGGCCCAUGUCUCGUCAGAGACUGGACCAAAAGAACUACCAGCCAAGAGUGGACAGGGGUGAGCAGCAGACCCUACAGCCUGGGAGGUGCAACAAUCUAACCCCAGCAGAGAGAGACCAGCUGGAGGAGGAGAGGAGGAUUAGACUUCUCGGCUGGUUCAAACGGAGGGAGGCUGCGAAAGAGAAGGCUAAAACUGUAGACAGUAUCAGUGAGCCUGAGAAGCCAGCUGAGAAAGAGGCUCUGGAGACGGUGCCAGAGAAGGAACAACAGGCAGAUGAUGGAGAAAAGGAGGCCGAUAUGAGAGGCAAUAAGGACAGUGAUUCCGCAGGGGAACCCCCCUCUGGAAUAAUGGCUGAUGUGUCUGCCCAUUCAAACCUGUCAUCUGACAGUGCAGAUGACUUGCCGACCUCAAUGAUUCCGUUGUUCCAAGACUUCCGCAAAGGGGACUGCAAUCCAACCCUGCCAUGUGCGGAGAACAAGAGCCCCCAGCUGGCCGAGGGGGACAGGAGGAGUCUGUCUCAGCAGCUUGGUGAUGGAGACAGAGAGAGGUCCAUGUCUCGUCCAAGACUGGAGUGGCAAAAAUACCAACCAAGACGGCGCAGGGAUGUGCAGCGGACCCCGCAGCCUGGGCGGUGUGAUGCUCUAACCCCAGCAGAGAGAGACCAGCUGGAGGAGGAGAGGAGGAAGAGGCUCCUUGGCUGGUUUAAGCGAAGGGAGGGUGCAACCCUCUGCCUCACUGCCCUGAAUGCAGCCACGCAGGCUGCAGAGAGUUGCCGUAAGAACGACAGCCAAAGAGGAAAGAGGAUCCUACGACAGUGAGGGGGGAGUCAAUGCACCUCCAGUUAUUGGAUCUCCAGUGACAAGAACAGGGACAGAAUGGAGAGCACUUCUACAAAAUAAAUUAAUGAAUCCUCAUAUACAUACAUUACAUGACAUAAAUAUCUUCAUUAAUUUAUAAUAAAUGUAUUUUAUUUCAUUUAUAAGGAAUCUUGUUGUUGUUUGCUCUUCACUUAUCUCAUAGGGAUCACAGAAAUAACCAAGAAAUCACAUUCUGCCCUAAUAUCUUAUGUAUAUGAUGAAUGGUUGUGUCCUCACCCACCCUUUAAACAAGAGUUUUUACUGACAUUUGUAAUGUUCUGAAAGGUU